CACGUCCCAUUGGGUAGGUUCGCCACUCCCACAGUGACAUCUCUUCGGGCUUGGGGUGUUGCUUAAAAACGCAUUUCAGCAGGCAUUUGGGACUGCAGAAGCUAAAGCAGAGUUACUUUGGUAUUUACUUGGCAGGAAGGAUGUCUAGCACUCCAGUAGCCGUGGUGACCGGCUCCAACAAAGGCAUUGGGUUGGCCAUUGUGCGGGCUCUAUGCAAGCAGUUCUCUGGGGAUGUGUACCUGACAUCCCGCGACAUUGAACGAGGCAAGGCAGCAGUGGCGAAGCUGCAGGAGGAAGGACUGAAACCGCUCUUCCACCAACUGGACAUCAACAACCUGCAGAGUAUCCGAACCUUCUGCGAUUUCCUAAAAGAGAAGUACGGAGGAUUAAAUGUGCUAGUCAACAACGCAGGGAUAGCUUUCAAAGGUGCAGAUACAACGCCAUUUGAUAUACAGGCAGAAGUCACGCUGAAAACAAACUUUUUUGCAACCCGGGAUGCUUGCAGAGAAUUGCUCCCACUGCUAAAACCGAAUGCCCGAGUGGUGAAUGUAUCUAGCAUGGUUGCCGUUUCAGCACUGGCUAGAUGCAGCAAAGACCUGCAACAGAAAUUUCGGAACGACACAAUCACUGAAGAGGAGCUUGUGAAACUCAUGGAAAAAUUUGUCGAAGACACCAAGAAUGGUGUGCAUGAGAAGGAGGGUUGGCCAAAUACUGCUUACGGGGUAUCCAAAAUUGGAGUGACAGUUUUGUCCAGAAUUCAAGCUAGGGUGCUGAAUGAGACGAGGAAAGGUGAUGGUAUUCUCCUGAAUGCCUGUUGCCCUGGCUGGGUCAGAACCGACAUGGCAGGCCCUAAAGCUACCAAAUCUCCAGAUGAGGGAGCUGAGACUCCAGUUUAUUUGGCCCUUUUGCCAGCUGGUGCUGAUGGGCCUCACGGCCAACAUGUCAGUGAAAAGAAAGUACAGAAGUGGUAACUGGUCCAUCAUGCUUCUAGAUGUACACACUGGAAAUUCUAGAUACUUGGCUUGAUCAAAAUGGAGAACAGGCUUCUUGACAGGGAUCUGCUGUAACAGUCGUCUGCUGUAACAGAAGACUGCAUAUAGCAGGGAUGAGGAGCAUGUGGUCCUUCCGAUGUUCUUGGACAGCUACUCCCUCAUUGCCUCACCAUUGGUUAUGCUGGCUGGGGCUGAUGAGAGUUGCAGUCCUACAACGUCUGGUCAGUCACAUGUUCCCCACCACUGACAAACCGUGAUGGGAGAAAGUGAUAUAGAACUGCCUUGAUGUCUAACGUCCCUGUCCAGAGCCUGUACUCGGUUGCUUCAGUUGCAGCAUCUUGUGAGCAGCCUUUUAGUAUACAUGUUCCUCCCUUGAUAUAAGCAGCUAAUUCAGUUUUUUUCACCUUCAUGUUGAUUUUUAAAAUCAUUUACUCCUGGAGAUUUACAAAAUGUGUGUGCCUAACUUUUUGAUUGAGAUUAUUUUCUAUAAUGAAUGGAUUAAGCUGGUAUAAACUUUACCACAAAUCUGAAUAUAUGGCAAUAUUAAAUAAAAGUGAUUGUUUUAACAAAUUUAACAAAUAUAGCUUCAGCUAUUGGGCGGUAUAAAAAUGUAAUAAAUAAAAUUUGGCUGCUGUUGGGGAAAAA